AUGAAGACCGUUCCCGACUACGAAAAACCCAUCCACACGGCUGUGGUGCAGCUCUACGACACGCUCCAAGAGUUGAAAAACAACCGCAGCAAGUUUCUCAGCUCCAAACAAGUGUACAAAAUCUACGAGCAGUUUUUGGAGCAGGUGCACGAGCUCAGCAUUGUGCGCAAGGACGAAGAGCUCAAAGGGUUGACGCUCAGCUUGCCCACGCCCACAGACCAGGUGAUUGACGAUUGCUGGCAGUUGCUCUCGCUCUCCUUCGUCACAUGCGGCUUGACCAAGUUUGCGCCCGCCACAUACCUGUCGCUCUCGACCGUGUACAAGUUGUUGACGCACUUGAAGGAAUGCCAGGUGUUCAGCAUCGACGAUCUCCGGCCCAUCAAGCAGCGCUUGGACGAGAUCCGCGACAUCAUCUCCCACAGCGAGAACAUUGACGAAGGUUCCAUGGACGCCGAAAACGGCGCCGCCGACCACCACGCGGAAGAGAGCCUUUUGUUGCGCACCAAGUUGCACCGCUGCCAGCAGGCGUACGACGAGUUGGAGGAAACCUUCCGCCGCAUGCCGUCGGACUUGGAGCCCGUCUACACGCAGCUCAUUCUGCUCCGCAAGUCUUUGCUCAACUGUGUGACGUUGCAGAGCGACUCGGGCAAGGCGCCCGACGUGGAGCCGCUCCGUGCCAGCUUGCGGCGCAUCGAGGCCCAGAGAGACGAGAACGGCCGGUUCCGGUCGUCGGGCGACGCCGAGUUGGUGGAGCGGGCGCAGAUGGUGCUCAACGGCUUGCUUGACGACUGCAACAAUCUUCUCCAGGACGCCGGGCUCGAUAUGCUUGCGGCGUUCUCCGAUCUCUCUGUCGACAUGCUGGACAAGGAGCUGGCGACGUUUGCCGGACUCCGCUCCGUGUACGAAGAGUUGCUUGCAUUGAAGCAGACGUUGGAGAAAUUGCUUGUGACCCGCCGCUGGACCAUGCGCGAGACGGACUUGUACGGCUACCAGAAGCAGUUGAAGCGGCUUGACGAGCAGCGGGUGCUGUUGACGCAAGACAGCGCCAGCUCGGGCGCCGCGGGCCGCAAAAUGCGCCGUGUGCUGCUUCUUGUGUUGUACCUUCUCCGGCGGUGCUACUCGCUUGUGUACAAGCUUUUGGAGAGUCUGGAGCCGGUGCUGGAGUCGUUGCAGCCCAUCCACAACCAGUUGCUGACAGUGCGCAGAUGUCUCUUGGAGAUCAAGCGUGUGGACGGCUUGAGCAACUUGCGCCAGUUGUACCCGUUCCAAUUCAAGCUUGCGUCGUUGGACAAUCUCCGGCACGACGGCAAGUUCAUUGUGAACAACCAGGUGCCCGAGGGUCAGGCCACGUUGAAUGCGCUCUUGGCCGAGUGUUUUGACAUUAUGCACGAGUUGAAGAUCGAGUUGGAGGAGAAAGAGGAGCUGGAGCAGACCGCCAACAUCACCGACGACGAGGACAAGGACUCGGACGACGAGGUGGAGUUGAAGCGCAACCGCUACAUGGGAUUCAACGAGGCCGACUACGACAUGGCCAGCGAGAGCGACGACGAGUUCCUGAGUCUUUCGGACUCGGAGUUUGAAAGCAACGACUACUAUUGA